AUGUUCAUUGACACAGCAGCUGCAAAUUGCCGGUCACGACAGCCUCAAGUCGUCACCUCCACACAAUUUGCGGCCCCCUACAGAGAAUCGCUAACUCCUUUGCGGGAGGAACCGCUCGACUCUCGCGAUGCGCCGCCUACAUACCUUGAAGCCACAACGCCAGGACUAUACUAUGGGCGACCAAGUGGUGAUGAAGGUGCGACCUUGCUGAACCGCGAAGAGCAAGGAUACAAAGAAGAUACAUACAGCGGACGAAGCUGCAGACGAUCGUUGCGGACGAGAUGGACGAAGUGGUUGGGAGUACUGAUGCUUCUCAUCUUUGUGUUCGCGGCCAGCAUCGCAUUUACAACAUCGGCACGCAAGGAUAGACAGGCUUCAGUGAUACCUGUGAUCGAGCCUUCAGAUCAAGCUGCCGCGACAUCACCGACGUCAACGCAGCAAGCACGACCAAAAGAACCGGAAGGCAUGAUCGCGCCAGAUGUCGUUGCAGUUCCAUGGCCUUCGCAGAGCGCAGCAACAGCGACACCAUCAUCAACGUCGCAAUCGAAGCAAAUUUUCCCCAUCCGGUGGCCAGCACAAUGUGGGAAGAAGUACAAUGUCAAAACCGAGGAGUACGAUUUCGGCCUUUCGAGCGAGGUCGACAUCAGAGAAGCCAUGCAUCAGCUCAAUGGACCGUACAAGCGCAUCCAGGGUUGGAUACACGUCACAAAAGCGCCAGCCGACCAAGCUGCUGGGACAGUACAAGCGAGGAUGUCAUAUGCUGUUUCGCCAUCAAUCGACGUAGAUAGCAUCAAGUACGCUUCAACACCGAGCAGUCUAACGAUUGGGGAUUCUUCCCUGUCUCCAGGCCUUGAAAGGGUUCCAGCCGGUUCAGCGUGUCUGGGCAUGUCGAUUGUGCUGUACAUGGCACCGGGCGCGACACUCGAGACCUUGAAUGUGGAAGCCACGCACCUCGGUAUGCAGAUCCAUGGUGGUGUCGACUUCUCUGUUACAAACAUGACGUCCAUCUCGCUCACCUCAGGGACACUCGACGCGUCAAUGUUGAACUCGCGUGAGACCUACCUCAAAACGACAUCAGGCUCCAUCAGUGGCAAAUACGCACUUUCAGAUCUUCUGGCCAUCGACACGAAGACUGGGUCGGUCAAUAUUGAUGUCGCGCCGCAGGCGGCAGAAGCCGGCAGCUCCUCGUCCGCUGUGUUCAGAGCGAACUCGCAUUCAGGAAGCAUGCGCAUUGACUUCGAGCGCAAGCAUAUUCCUGAGCGAGACUUCCAGAUGUAUCUCAACACGACUGUAGGGUCUGUCGACGGGACGUUCAUCCAUGGCUCAAAGACUGAGAUCAAUUCGGUAGCCGGCUCAGUGACUGCGGAUAUUAUGCCAUCCAAGUCUGGCGCUUUUGCUUCGACACUAGAUACAAGUACGCAUUCUGGACAAAUGAAUGUCACCUUGCGAGCGCCGUACAAGGCGAAAGGAGUGCCUAUGAUGGGAUUGACGAGUACGCAUAAGAGCGUGUCUGGUGGUGUGGGGUUGAUAUAUCCGAAGGAGUGGCAGGGCCAUAUUGAUGGCACAAGUCUGAGUGGAGAGUUGCAUCUACAAGGCAAGGAGUUGGAAUUGUUGAAUGAGAAUGAUACGCCAGGGAAGAAUCAUGUUGAAGCAAAGAAGGGGGAUGGAGGGAGUAGGAUGGUGUUUGAUACUGUUAGCGGAGGCUGUGACAUCAAGAUCGGAAAGAUAGAGACGCAUUGA